GAUUGACUUUAUGCAAUAAUCCAUUUUUGAUUUUGGUAAAACAACUUCUACUUUUUGGCAUGUGUGUGAUAAAUGUUUACUGGAUGUAAUAAUACAUGUUAUAUUAUAUGAAGGAAUAAUCAAAUCUUUUAGAAUCAGAAUUCCUGGUCGGUUCUAAAUAAAGAAUAAAAAAAAAAUUUCUUUUAAUGAGUGAAAGUACUUUAUUCAAAGUAUCUGUGAUGUAAUUGAAAAGAGCUCCAUUAUUAACAAUGCAUGUUUAAUUUAUUGAUCCAUCUUCAGAUCAUUUUGUAUAAUUAAAUUCAGAUGAGACUUUAUAUGGGUUCAGACUUUCUUAUUAAGGGAAAAGUCUUGAGAUUUUUACAUCUGAUAAAAAUAAUUAUGAGAUAUGGAAAUCUCAUUUUCGAUUGAAUUGUAUUCUGAACAAUUUUCAUGAUGCAUUUUCAGUAUAAAAAAUGAUUGGAAAGGGUAGUUUUGCAAAAGUGUAUUCAGCGACAAAAAAAGAAAAUAAUAAUUAAUAUGCGAUAAAGGCCUUUAGCAAAAGUUACAUGUCACAGUAAUCAAAAGGAAUAGAAAGUCUAUUAAAUGAGAUAAAAGUAAUGAGAAGAUUAAAUCAUCCAAAUAUAGUAAAAUUACAUGAAGUUCAUGAAACAACUAAUUCAAUUUACUUUAUUUUAGAUAUGAUUUAAGGAGGAGAACUAUUAUAAAGAGUACGUGAAACAGGUAUUUAUAUAUAUAUAAAUAUUUUGAUCAGGUUUCUUACCAGCUGAAACAAUGUAAAAGUUGGCUUUUAAUUUAAUAAGUGCACUUAGACAUAUGCAUUAAAAUAAUAUGAUACAUAGAGAUCUGAAACCUGAAAAUUUAUUAUUGAAAUCAACAGAUAAUAAUUAUGAAAUAGUAUUAGCUGAUUUUGGUUUGGCUACUAGUUUAAAUGAAGAACCAUUAUUUAAAAGAUGUGGUACACCUGGUUUUGUUGCACCUGAAAUACUUGAAUAUGUUGAUGGAUUAGAAUUCUAUUGUGAUAAAUGUGAUGUUUUUAGUGCAGGAGUAAUCUUAUAUCUUUUAAUUGUAUUAUUAUUAAUCUAAUAUUAAUAGACAGGUAAUCCUCCUUUUGCAGGAAUUGAUUAAAAAUCUAUUCUUAAAAGUAAUAAGUAAUGUGAAGUAGAUUUCAAAGAUUAAUAAUUUAGAGCUGCUCCUAUUUAAAUGCAAAAUCUUAUUGAAUCUAUGUUAGUUAAGAAACCUUCUCUUAGAAUUAAUUCAGAAGAUGUAAAUUAUAAUAAUAUAUUAUAAGUGUUUAAAACAUCCUUAUUUUAAAGAAUUAGCUAAAGAAUAUAGUAGAUACAUUGAAAAAUAUUAAAAUAACCUUUAAGGAUAUUCUGAAUUUAAAAAUGCUGUUAAAAUAGGAACUUAAGAAAUUGAAUAAAGAUCUCCAUUAAAUUUUAAUUCUUCUGAAUCAAUCUCAUCUAAUAUCUCUAUAUAAAGAUAGGAUUAAAGGAAAUCUUCUAUUGUUGUUGGAGCUUCCAAAUUUUGUUAAUACAGUGCUAAAUUAUCAAAAUAAAAUUCAAGAGAGAUUACUGGUAAAAUCACUUUUUAUUAUUCUAGAUAUACCAUUGAAAUAAGAACCUAAAAAAUAAAAAGAUUUGCAUAGACUUGCCCUUACUAAUAGUUAAAUGAAACAUAUGGCAAUUAAUAAAUAAGACAGUUAUGAUGAUCCAACUGCUGAAAAUUGUAAUAUUGGGGCUAUGGUAAGAUAAUACAAUUCUACAAGAUAAAUAAGAAUUCCUGAUAGUACAUUAAAAAUUAAAGAAUGCAAUACCCCUACAUUAUUGUAAAAACAAUGAAC